ACGUUCCGCCCUUUGGUUCCACAACACCUACGGUAUCGUUGUUUUGCUAGGAGCAGUUGUCUCGUUUCGGGGUCAUGAGUGUUGAAAACUGUGAUGGAAGUCUGUCGGUGUCUUUGCGAAACAUACUGAACUCCAUCCAGUGCAUCAGAGACCGAGUCAGAGACGGAGAAUCAAAUGAAUCAGAUGGAGCAUUUAACCUCUCCAACUUCUGGGACACUUUGAACCAGGUAGUGAAGGCAGUGUCCCAGGAAGCAACUAAACUCACCCUGGCCUUCUCAAGACCCCCUCUGCCAUCUUUACAAGAUGGAGAAAAGUUGUCAGAGUCCAUGUUAAAGAGCAUCCUGACGCUGUCUACUGUGUAUUACUGGCUACCCAAAAGCCAAGGGGUGACUCUGCGGCGACAGGUCAGAGACGCCACCGUGGAGGUCCUGGAGGGAGUUGCACAGCUUCUGGAGGUCAUACUCGGCUCACCACUGGGAAGUCUGACCCAGGAGCAGCUUACAUCGACUGGAGGAGUGUGGUCCGCCUGUGAUCAAUUUGCUCAGUUACCAAAAGAAAAUAAGGGAGCUCUGCUGGUGGUUCUGUCCUCCCAGACUGGAGUCGUCAAAGAUGCCAUUGAGGAAAUGGAACAGGCGUUAUCUGAAGCCCAGGAUCCGUUCAACGACGUACUGGACGACGACCAGGACGAAGACAACCGUCGAGGCAACCAGGACACGUACUGGUCGGAGAGGGACCGGCAGGUGAUCAGUCCGUGUCGGGGCUUAAUGAAAGCGGCCGCAGCGUGUAUGAGGAAACUCACGGCAGCCGUCAAAGCCAACGGGGACGUCGCUGGACCUCAGAACGUUGCCCAGCUGGACGAUCUGGCAGACAUCAGCAGGGAACUCAGCCCCAGUGUUGACGAUCUGGCCCUCUGUCUCUACCCACCCAUGGACUACAGUGGAGUGGAAAACAACGUGUCUAAACUGGCAGCACUUUUGAAGAGAUUUUUGGAAAUUAUCAGAUCCAGCCACGUGUGUGGGGAGUCAGAACUGACUUGGGUUCAGUUCUUAGAAGGAGCCGUUGACCACAACCUUCAGAAAGCCAAAGUGCUUAUUGAGAUGGACAGCUAGCUAAUUAUUUUUGUAAAAGGAGAAGGACGACUUUUCCUGCUAUGAUUUGAAGAUGCGCUGAUGGCCACAUUUGCAGACCAGAUAAUUUUUUAUUUUAUUUUUGAUUAGUGUAAAACUGACUGGACACCAAGAAAAGGGAAUAAGAAAUUGCUUUGACUGUGAGAGAAAAAACACAUAUAUAAAAGUUGGACAUACAUUUUGUUGGUAUAAUAUCCAGUUUAUGAUUUGUUCACCGCUGGCAAUUCCUUUGUUGGACCUGGCGUGUGACAUAAGUAAAUAUUUAUCUGUUUAUUAAAUAAAGCCAAAGUAUUUGCUUUCUUUGCAA